AUACGCAGUGCGUGUUUAGAAAGACACACUGCGCAGUUAUACACAUGCAGUUGAGAGGCAUCUAAGUAAGUGUCUUUCUUGUUAUAAUGCUCUGAACCUUUCAACUAUAGGCCUAGCUUCUGAACUGUAAUACCCUGCCUGGGUCGUAUGAGCCCGCUCGGUCCCCUCCACAGAACUAAGACGAAAGACGGUCAUUAUCCCUGUCGGUGUUGCUCUCGUUGAGGACGAACGCGAUCGGUUAAGCUCGAUGUCUUAAUAGGACAAAAUCUGAUUCCGAAAUAAUAUGUUGUCUAGUUUCAUCGUGUGCGUGCUGGUUGUUAGUGCGGGCGCAAUGGCGGUGAAAAAACCCGCCCUGUAUGCCGAGGACGUGUUCGGUAUCUCGCCAAGGGAAGGCGACGACGAGCGCAAACCUUGCACUAUUCCAAAGUACUUCACCUAUGAUCAAGAGGAAGUGAUGACGACUUUGGAGGGAGGUGGCCUUACGGUGGAGUACAUUAACUUUCACGGAGCUUAUGACGAAGUUCUGCAGAGGUACUCUUUUGAGACGUUUCUGGACUUUUUCAACGGCACACUGCUCCACCUGAAAGUGAUAGCGGAAUACGAUGAGGGAAAAGAAUACCUCUUACAGAGGUUGGGAGAUGAGAUCGAGUGCGAAGUAUAUGACCUUGAGGGGAAAAGAUUCCCGGAAGUUUACUCUUUUCCAGAGGAUGCUAAGUUUCUUAGGGACUCAACCAUAGGCGAUCGUGAUGUCGCUGUGGAAAGCUGGUACUACGUCAGCGACGAUGGCACCCUGCUCAACGUGAAGACAGUGACGAAGGACGAAUGUGUACCAGUGUCACUGUUCAGACGUAAAUUCGACCCUGAAACUGGGGAGGAACUUGGAGUGAUGAAUGGGCAAGUUCACAAUUUUAGACUUGGAAUCUGUGACCCGGAGGGUUACUUCAAAAUCCCAGAGGAGUGCAAGGAGGUGGGAGUCUCGAAAGAGCUUUCCAAGAAUAUGCAGAAGAUGCGUCGGUUAAGCCUGAUGUAAUGCGUUGCCUUCCGCCUCACUGAAUAAACAAUCCAAGCUGUUGUCUUGACGUCAAGUAUGGGUUAAACGUCCUUUUUGUUGUGGGCUUAAAUUGGAUUGUUAUUUACUCUUACCAACUUACAUAACUGAUAUAUGAUCCUGGUAGUGCACGCACCGUAUUAUUUAGAAAGCAGUUUUAAAUUUGAUGCACGUUUCUCUAUUUUUUGUGAAGUUUAUGCAUUUUAAAGACUAACAACACUUCAUCCCUUGCUAUAAAACUUUAUCCACCAUAUCUUUGAUUUAACAUUAAUCAUAAAAGAUGCCUUAAUCUAUAAGACCUGAAGACUUAGUUGAUGGAUAAGAGCAUC